CAAAAACAACCGUACCUCCAGCCACUACUUAGUCUACUCACAACUUCUCCAUCUUCGGAAAGUAAGCUGCAGAAGCUUCAUUCCUCAAUUUAUUUCCCGACUGUCAACUACUACUUCUCGUGCUUCACACACAACUUCACUUCAACCAACCGCAUAUCUUAACAAGACCAACUUAAAACUGCACCAAUCACGUCGUUGAACAAGAACAGCGCUGUCUCUAUUGAAACUGGAGAGACUGCAUCGAAAAUGGUCCUAGCUACCAAGAAAUCCGCUGCUUUUGCCGCCGCGUUGGCGCUGCUUUCUGCAACGAAUUCUGUCGAGGGGCGCGAGUGGCCCUUUUCGUUCACUGGGAAAACUAAAACUCCCGACCAGGAGGGCAGCGCGGACGAGGACUCGACCUAUGCGGCGACCAAGAAACAGAAAGUGCACUCGCUUCGGCCUCGCCGCCCUCUUCCGUUAGGACGUAACGGUCAUGGCAUGUGGGCGGAGACGACGACGAUGGCAAACGCCACGAAGAAUGACUCCGUCGGAGACGAGGGCGAGGGAACUAUGGAUAAUUAUGGCGCGUCGAGUGCUCCUGCCACGGCUCCGGCUGAGCACCAGAAUGUCGACCAUCGUCGCGUGAUGCUUGGUGGUGCGGGUGGUCUGCCGCCGAUGCGCAAGAACGACGAGCGUCAUGGGAAGAUGCUUGGUGGAGUGGGUGGCCUUCAGAAUAAUGAAGGUGCCAACGUCGACGUCGACAUGUUUUCAAACAUGAAGGAGCAAAACGCCGAAGCCGAUGACCAAAUGGAAAUGAUGAACGUCGACGGCGCCGCUGACAGUGACAUGGGCUCCAAUGGAUUAUCCGUUGGACGAAGCAAGAGCGCCCACGCUUUUGGAUUCGGAAGUGGGAUGAGCGAAAUGAAUCAGAUGGCGGACUACGAUGACAACAUGCAAGUUGCCAGCACCAGCGGAGUUGGGGCUGCUGCUGGAACCUUUUCUGGCAACAAGGCGAACAAACCGUUUGCUGGUUUGGAUUUCGCUGAGCAGGACCCGGACUCCGACGUGGAAGCGCAAGUUGGAAACGAUGUGGAGACCAUGAACACUACAACUUUCGGACAAGACGGUGGUGAAGAUGUCGAAGAACUUCAAGGCGGAGACUACAACGCCAUGAGUUCCUUUCCAUCUUCCGCUGGUCUUGCGGCUGAAAAUAGUGCUGCGUCCUCUAGUGCUAUGUUGGGAAACAUGAUGGACGAAAGUCCGAACCAGGGAGGUUUUUCGAUGGACGACGAGCUGACUCCUGAUGUGCAAGAGGGGCAGGCCCCGCGUGGGAACAACGUUGGCGGCGCUCGAUCUCGGUCGAUGUUGGGCAUGACCCAGCGCCGCGCAAGCGCAUCUCAUUCUCAUCCGAUGUUGGGCAUGACCCGCGGUGGCGCGAACGGAAAUGCAGACGGGGCUGUUUCCGCUUCCCGUCCUCCGAUGCUAGGAAGGACCCACAAGGGCAAGACCAACAUGGAUUCGAUGCACGACGAGAUGUUGGCAUCUUUGGAAGACCACGCUGCUGCUGCUCGCACUCGUUCCACUCUUGGUACCGACUUUUCGUCCGGCACUGCGGCUGGCGCGGCCGGAGCUCCGUCUGCCUUUGGUGAGCAGCAAGGAGCUGCUGCUUCAUUCGAUCGCACGCAUCGUGCCGGUAACCAGCGCAAGAACAGCCAAAUGCUGGGGCGUCGUCGAGAAAUGGCCAUGCCGAACGAAAUGACGUCGGGCCCGGCGCCGGGAGAUGAUGCCAAUACCGCACCCGAUUCUGCUUACAGCUCGACGGAUUUUGCAGCGGAUAAUUUCUACAACGAUGAAAACUGAACUCGUCUUUGAAGACGAAGAAGAUCUUCGAUUAGCGGCGUGCUCGUGUAUAACCCGUGGCGUUUAUAACCCAUGGUAAACGACGCAGCGAUGCUCUUGUUGCAGUUCAUCUUCAUCCGACGAACCUUGUUAUAUACAAGACGUGCCUUGGGCUUGGCCUUCUUCAUCCCGAGCAAUCGAGUGGAGUGGCAGAAGUUUUUAAGGGUUCUUCCUUGCGGUAAGUUUGAUGUCGCCGAUUUUUGGACGUAGCCCACCGAAGUAGAAGAAGCGCGCGAAACUCCGCAUGCUCCAUUUCUCCACGUGGGUGCUUAAUCAAAAUCGGCGGUGGAACAUAAUGUGCAACAUGUUGACCACUGCACAACAUAAUCUUGAGGAACAAAAUUCCGACGAAGUGGUACGUGUAUAAUUGCAAUUAACAUAGUCAUAGCCGGUCGUAUGGGUAUCGGAUGGAGUACAACCACCUGCAGACUGAUACGGAAACUCCUGUCACCGCGCUCCGAAAUAGAAUCUAUUUCGGAGCGCGGUGACAGGAGUUUCCGUAUCUGUUUUGGAAAUGAAGCCAAAAGACGUUUAUCGUACACACAAUGGGAAUAAGGAAGACGAAGUGGCGUAGAGGACCGACGUAGUAAUGGAAAUAAGGACAAUUGGCGUAGACGACGCAGUGGAAGCACGAACUAUUGACGGGUGGUUUUUGAUGCACGUCGGCAGUAGAGUUGAGUAGCCUGUUGCCGCUCAUCCGCUACAUCAACAUCAGCUGGCUAAACUUUAGAGAGCUGCACAUAUGUGGACUACAUGUCUGUGCAGUGAAAGAAAAAAAAAAAAUGGUACCUACUGGUACAAUGAUAAGGUGGCCUACUU